AUGACCGUCCCCAAGGUCUUGGUUAUUGCUGGCUCUGACAGCUCAGGCGGCGCCGGGCUUGAAGCCGACCAAAAGGUCCUGUCAGCCCAUGAGUGCUAUGCCAUGACAGCGACAACCGCCCUGACUGCCCAAAACACUCUCGGUGUCGACGACGUCCACAUUACGCCGCCGGCAUUCGUCGGAAAACAGAUCGAUGCCUGUUUGACGGAUAUCCCGUGCGACGUCGUCAAGAUCGGCAUGCUCGCCUCGGCGGAAACCAUCCGAGUCGUCGCGGAAUCGCUUCGAAAACAUAGGGUGUCGACUGUCGUGCUUGAUCCGGUUAUGAUAGCUACGAGCGGCGCGCAGCUCCUCCCAGGGGAUGCAGUCCGCAACCUUCGAACGCAACUCCUGCCCACGACCACUCUGCUGACACCCAACAUCCCCGAGGCGAUGCUCCUACUUCAGGAUGCAGACAUUCACUACAAGUCACCGUCUGGGCUUGAAGACUUGAAGGCACUGGCCGGUCAGGUCCACCAACUCGGCCCCCGCGCGGUGCUCCUCAAAGGAGGCCACAUGCCUCUGACGCGAGAAUACACCAAGGCGACCAGCGACGAAGAGAAGUUUGUCACGGUGGACAUUCUUUUCGACGGCGAAGCCUACACGUUGAUUGAGUCCAAGUAUCUAGAAUCCAAAAACACUCACGGCACCGGCUGCUCGCUCGCCAGCGCCAUCGCCGCCAACCUCGCCAUCCAGAAGAGCGGGUGGCAACGGCCUGAAUCUCAAGCCAUCGACCUCGCCAGCGCCUCCCGGCUGGCAGUCGCCUACGUGACCACAGGGAUCAAGACCUCACUUCCCAAUCUCGGCCACGGCUCUGGCCCCAUCAACCACUUCCACAACGUGCAGGUCCAGCCCUUCUCGCAGGGCCAUUUCGUCGAGUACUUGUUGUCUCACCCGGCCGUGGCGCCUGUGUGGCAGAAAUACACACACCACCCGUUUGCGACGCAGAUGGCGCGCGGCACGCUCUCGGAGGUGCUCUUCAAAAAUUACUUGGUCCAGGAUUACUUGUACCUGACUCACUUUGCACGCACGCACGCGCUGGCGGCAUACAAGUCGCGGACCAUGUCGGCGAUCACCGCCGAGGCCAACAUCCUUCUGCACAUUGAGCGCGAGAUGACGCUGCAUCGGGCAUUCUGUGCCGAGUUUGGCAUCUCCCGGGCCGACCUCGAGAGUGGUACGUACAAAGAGUCGCUCGCUUGCGUCGCGUACUCGCGCUACGUGCUCGACAUCGGCCAAAGCCAAGAUUGGCUCGCUCUACAGAUGGCCCUGGCCCCGUGUCUGCUCGGCUACGGCCAGGCGGCCCAGAGACUGUACGCCGAGAAGGAGAGCCGCACCACGCAGCAAGGAAAUCGGUACUGGCGUUGGGUGGAGAACUAUAACGCCGAUGAUUACCAAGAGGCCGUUGUUGCCGGGAGAGACCUCAUCGAGACGCACAUCAUCAAACAAUCUCCCUCACGGAUCCAAGAGCUCAUCGGCAUUUUCGUCCGCGCCACCGAGAUGGAGGUUCGCUUCUGGGACUUUGAUGCUCAUGUGGAAGAGUGA